GUAAGAUUUUCCACUUAGCCAUCAAAAGAACAAAGUUUUCCUGCUCUCAAAACAAAUAUGCACAGGAACAUGUUAUUUUGAAAUGCAUUUUUGCUUGUUCAAGAAGAAAUUUCAACAGUUUGAAGAAAAGACCAGACAACGAACGAUUUUCGUGUCAGAAUCUUUUAAACAGAGCAUGGUGUUGCGUUUAUUCGAACAAAUAUGGUGAGUGAAUUUUUCUAUGGAUUUGUGAGAUCUGUAGCAUGCAAUUUAUUUCAUUUCCUAUUUUGCAAUUUUAUUUACUUUCAACUUUUUCAAAUUCUAUGGAAAAUAGUAAAAGGUUUUUUUUUUUUUUCCAGAAUCAUUAUCCGAGGGGGAAUCUGAAUAUUCAGAAAGGGAUACUCGUGAUGCCUUUUCAGAUUCUGAAGACAUAGACCACAGCUCCAUGGCUGCUAAAAGAUAUGCAAGUAGAAUAUCAUCUACAAGCUCCUGGCCUGAAUAUUUUAAGCCUUCUUUUACCCAAAAACUUAUGUUUAAAUAUGUUUUAGAGGGUGAACCAGUUGUUUUUACAUGUAGAUUAAUUGCCUGUCCAACUCCAGAAAUGACUUGGUUUCAUAACAGUCGGCCCAUUCCAACAGGUCUUCGUCGGAUUAUAAAAGCUGAAAGUGAUUUACACCAUCACUCUUCCAGCUUAGAGAUUAAAAGGGUCCAAGACAGAGAUUCUGGAAGUUAUAGAUUACUAGCAAUUAAUAGUGAAGGGUCUGCUGAAUCAACUGCAUCAUUGCUUGUUAUCCAAAAAGGGCAAGAUGAGAAAUAUUUAGAAUUUCUGAAAAGAGCAGAACAGGCACAUGAAAAUGUGGAGGCUUUAGCUGAAAGGGGAGAAGACAGGCUAAAGGUUGACCUGAGGUUUACUGGCUCUCCCUUUAACAAAAAACAAGAUGUGGAACAAAAGGGAAUGGUGAGAACUAUACAUUUUAAGACAAUGAGUUCUGCCAAGAAAACAGAUUACAUGUAUGAUGAAGAAUAUUUAGAAAGUAAAUCUGACAUAAGAGGAUGGCUUAAUGUAGGUGAAAGUUUUCUGGACAGGGAGACCCAAGUGAAGUUGCAACGUUUAAGGGAGGCUAGGAAAAUGUUAAUAGAGAAAAAGAAAUUAUCUCUUUUAGAUACGUCUUCUGAAAUAAGCUCAAGAACUUUGAGAAGUAAAGCUAGUGAUAAAGAUAUUCUGUUCUCUAGAGAGGACAUGAAAAUCAGAUCUAUGUCUGAUCUAGCUGAAAGUUAUAAGGUAAAUAAUUCAGCUGAGAGUAUUGUGCAAAAUCCACACGGUCUUUCUAAUCAAAUGGAUCAAAAUAUAGAAUCUGAGGAACUUCCCACAAGCUUUCAAACUAUUGUUGAUGAAGAAAUUUUCCAGACUGAAAUAAGAAUGAGCCAAGAGUCAUUGGUAAAAGAAAGUCUACCAAAAGACCAUUUAUAUGGUGAAAUUCUAGGAAAUGAAAAUACCCAAGCAAGAGGACAGCUGGAAGAAAUUAUGGCCAGUACUACAGUUGGAGAGUCACCCACAUAUAUCACUAAUGUAUGUGAGAAGGAGGAAGUGUGUGAGACUCCUGAAAAGGUGUCUCAAGCUAUUACACCACAUGCCAGCGAAUCUUUUGGUACACUUGUAAAUGUUGAAGAAAGUGAAGAAAUAGCUAGUGAAAGAAUAAGAAUGGAUGAUGUAAGAGAAUUACAACUCCCUGCUUCUACACAAAUCUAUGCAUUCAAAACCGAACACAAGGAAGAAAACAUGAGAUUUUUUGAAAAUUCUUUUCGAAAACGCCCACAACGUUGCCCACCUUCAUUUCUUCAAGAAAUUGAAUCUCAAGAAAUUUAUGAAGGUGACAGUUGUAAUUUCGUGUGCCAUUUUCAAGGAUAUCCUCAACCUAUCGUGACGUGGUAUAACAAUGACAUGCCAAUCCCACGUAAUCAAAACUUUAUCAUUCAUUCUUUGGAAAACUAUUCAAUAUUAACUCUUCUGUCUGUUCAUCAUCAGAAUGAAGGUUCUAUUACUUGUGUGCUAUUUAACCAAUAUGGAACAGUAAAAACAACCGGUAUGCUUAAAGUGAAAGCAAAACAAAAACCUGAUGUCAAAACACAUAAAAUCCCAGUGUUCCAUGACUACUUUGAUGAGGAAGAAGAGCUAGCAUUGGUAUUUGAUCAAGCAAAAGGCGCCCACCCAUCUAUGAGUCAAGAGGGCCAAACAAAUCUUCAUGUGUUAAAAACUAACCCACCAGCUCCUCCCUCUGGAGAUACAGAAUUGCUUUCCUUUCCUGUAGAAAUCCAGGUAACAGCAGCUACUCCUAUCCCAGAAGAGGAUAAAGAGAUGUUUCAAACUGAGGAGCUAAAACCUGAAGCAAUGCCUCAAGAUCAAGCUACUCAGUCACCAAAACACAAAUUUGUAUUUUUGUCUGAUGUUACUAAUGAGCCACCAAAAAUGUUACAAGAAAUGCCAAAGCAUGCCAGGUGUAGAGAAGGGGAUUCCAUCAUUCUUGAAUGUUUAAUAUCUGGUGAGCCCCAGCCAGUUGUAACAUGGUUUCAAAAUGGAGUCCUUUUAAAGCAGAACCAGAAGUUUCAGUUUGAAGAAGUUAAUUGUAGCCACCGAUUAUAUAUUAAAGACGUUAAUUCUCAAGAUUCUGGAAAAUAUAAAUGUGUUGCUGAAAACAAUUCAGGGACAGCUGAAAGUGUUUCAGAUCUAACAGUGGAGCCUGUCACUUAUAGGGAGAAUAGUAAAUUCGAAAAUAUUGGUGAAAUUUAUGGAAAAUAUUCCAGAGAUCAGCAAGUGCAAGUCCAGGGAGAAUCUGUAAGGGCACAUUUUUAUGAUUAUCCUGCUGGUCCUUUUACUCCCUGGACAAAUGUAAAAGAAUAUUCAGUAAGGGACUAUUUUCAAAGCCUUGAGACCAUUAAGCAGAUAGACCAGAAAGACCAGGUGCGUUGCGUACCUUCUAGAGAAAAAAUUCCCAUAUUUGUGCGUGGUGCUUCAAGAACCAUAAAAACCAACAAGCCCAUCAGGGCUGAAUUCAUACAAUGUCAGGCUGAAGGGAAAAAGAGACAUGUAAGUGAAAAAUCAAAGCUGUACCAAGCAGAGGGUACUGUUUAUCCAUUUGUUGAUGAUUUCAGUGAUAUCACUAUUAAGAAAGAUGUAGGAAACAAUUUUGGAAAACUUGGUAGAUCAGAAAAGGAAAAUGUACAAGAAUAUGCCCAAAGUGACUAUUUACCAAAUAUUCACUCUGAGAGAAUUUCUGACAGUUACAAUAUAAAAGAUUCAUCUGCCGUUGCCUAUGAAGAAUCCCUUGGUGAAGAGAUACACUACCCGGGGAAAAAAGUGAAGCACAGAAUUAUCGAAUUUGAAAAAUUACAUGUAGAAAAAAGAGUUCUAGAAAAAAGACCUACCAGAACAUCAUUCGUUAAUCCUCCUCAAAAGAAGAUUGAUGACAAAGCCUUUUCAUUAAAGCAAAGAGAAUCAAGAUCAAGUAAUCUAAAUGCAAAUAUGUGUCAGACAGAGAAAAUGUCUCCAAAUACUGAAUCAAAUUCAUCUAACAUUGCAAUAAAUUUAAGGCUGCUUUCCUCUCAAACUCAUAAGGAAUCUGAAACACAAGAAAGGGAACAACAGGAAAAAAUAAGUCUUAUAGAUAAACCUGCAAUUUCUAAAAGAGUUGAACAUGAAUCACCUAUUACAUUUGACUUAAAGCAGUUUCAUACUCAAAUAAAACACACAGAUGUGAAAUUCCAAGAAUUAGAUAGUAGUCAACCAGAAGAAGCUUAUUUUAAAAUCCAACAUCCUGCUUCCGAAACAGCUGACACUGAGAACAUUGUGUUUGAUCUAAAACAAAUGCAUUCUCAUGUAGGAGAUCCAGCUAUGGAGUUCCAAGGGCAAGAAACUAGGGAACAGCAGGAAAUACAUUAUAAAGAAAAAAUUCCUAGCCCUGAAACAUUACAACCUGAUACACAGAGUAUCUCCAAAAAUGUGCAAAAUAAUGUAUUUGCCAGUCAAGAAAUUUCUUCCAGUCAGGAGCUUUCAUAUAGAACUAUGGUGGAGAAAAGUAGUAUUGAUGAAAAUUCCAUUUCUUUAGAAAAAGAAGUCCGACAUGUACAGGAACAAAACUUAGACAUUUUAAAAACUGAUCUUUCUCUUAAAUCCUUUUCUGAAGAAAUCUAUAGUGAAUCAUGUGCCCUAUUUCCAACCUCAUCUGCAGAUAUAGAAGAAACUGAUCUUUCUGAGAAAAAUUGUUCUCUAGAAAAUGGAGACAAAAGUUUCAUCUCACAUUUGAAAAAAGCAGUAAGUGAGGAAAAGCCUUUAGAAGUUGGUGAAAUGGAAGAAGAAUGCACUCUAGAACCAGAGUUGGCAUCAUUUCCAAAGCAGGAUGGUGGGGCACAGGAAUAUACAGAUGCCACUUUGGAAGACCACAGAGGUGAUAUUCAGGAGGCUGACAUACUCCAUAGACAGCUCUCCCUGAGUCAGUGCUUCCCAUUCUUGAUGACUGAAGAAAAACAGAAUCCAGGUGAACAAAUAAUUACAAACAUUGAUGCCUCUGGAGAAGAAAAAUGUUAUGAAGAAGUCCAAAAUGAAACUUUCUCCACUUUAGGAGAAAUGAUAGAAACUAGUUCUUCUCAAAAUAUUCCUAAAUUAGAUGAGGCACAUACCACUGAGGUAGCGGAAUCUGAGACCUCCCUAACACAAUAUUUACUUGCUGCUGGAAAGCGUGAGGUUCCUGAAACUAAAGACACCAGAGAUCAGACAAAGCUUGUCCAGAGUGAAUCAAUCACUUCAAUGGAGGUAGAAGAAGUAACUUUCAACACUGUGUACGAAUACUACAACCAGAAACAGGAAUCACUAGGUCGUCCAUUUUCUCCUGAGUCUGACAUUUCCAUUGGUGUGGGAAGUACAACUAGUGAAGAAAUAUCUGAGUUAGAUCAGUUUUAUACCCCACCAUCAUCUGUUGAAUAUUUUGAAUCUCCAAAGUCCCCUGACUUAUAUUUUAAUCCUUCAGAUGUAACUAAACAAUCCUCAAUAUAUUCAGGAGGUGAAACAGUUGAAAGAUAUUCCACACCUUUAGGGGAAGUUACUGAAAGAUAUUCAACACCUUCCGAAGGUGAGAUAGGAGAAAGAUACUCCACACCCCCAGGAGAGACUCUAGAGAGAUACUCCACACCCCCAGGAGAGACUCUGGAGAUACUCCCCACACCCCCAGGAGAGACUCUGAGAUACUCCACACCCCAGGGAAAGACUCUAGAGAUACUCCACCCCCAGGAAAGACUCUGAGAAUGCUCCACACCCCCAGGAGAGACUCUGAGAGAUACUCCACACCCCCAGGAGAGACUCUAGAGAACUCUAGAGAGAUACUCCACACCCCCAGGAGAGACUCUAGAGAGAUAUUCUAUUCCUACUGGAGGACCAAACCCCACUGGUACUUUUAAAACAUAUCCAUCAAAAAUAGAAAGGGAAGACAGUACACCAAAUGAGCAUUUCUACACACCUACAGAAGAGAGAGGUUCAGCUGACGAAAUAUGGCGUUCCGAUUCAUUUAGCACACCCAAUGAAGCCAUUGAGCCAAAAGACAAUGAAAUGCCUCCAUCUUUUAUUGAACCUCUAACCAAAAGGAAGGUGUAUGAAAACACAACACUAGGCUUCAUUGUUGAAGUUGAAGGUCUUCCAGUUCCUAGUGUGAAGUGGUAUCGAAAUAAAUCUUUACUAGAGCCAGAUGAAAGAAUCAAAAUGGAAAGGGUGGGUAAUGUAUGUUCACUGGAAAUUUCAAACAUUCAAAAAGGAGAAGGGGGAGAGUACAUGUGUCAUGCUGUAAACAUCAUAGGGGAAGCAAAGAGCUUUGCAAAUGUAGACAUAAUGUCCCAAGAAGAAAGAGUGGUGGCACUCCCACCUCCAGUAACACAUCAGCAUGUCAUGGAGUUUGAUUUGGAAAACACCACAUCAUCAAGAACACCUUCUCCUCAAGAAAUUGUCCUGGAAGUUGAAUUAAGUGAAAAAGACGUUAAAGAAUUUGAGAAGCAGGUGAAAAUAGUGACAGUUCCUGAAUUUACUCCUGACCAUAAAAGUAUGAUUGUGAGUCUAGAUGUUCUUCCAUUUAAUUUUGUAGAUCCAAAUAUGGAUUCAAGGGAGGGAGAAGACAAAGAACUAAAAAUUGAUUUAGAAGUAUUUGAAAUGCCUCCUCGCUUUAUAAUGCCUAUUUGUGAUUUUAAAAUUCCAGAAAAUUCAGAUGCUGUGUUCAAAUGUUCAGUCAUAGGCAUCCCUACUCCUGAAGUUAAGUGGUAUAAAGAAUAUAUGUGUAUUGAGCCAGAUAACAUUAAAUAUGCGAUUAGCGAGGAGAAGGGAAGUCACACUCUUAAAAUUAGAAAUGUCUGUCUUUCUGAUAGUGCAACAUACAGGUGCAGAGCUGUGAAUUGUGUAGGAGAGGCUAUCUGUCGUGGAUUCCUCACCUUGGGAGAUUCCGAAAUACUUGCUAUGAUAGCAAAGAAAAGCAAAGUGACUUUAAGCAGUUUGACAGAAGAAUUGGUCUUAAAGAGCAACUACACAGACAGUUUUUUUGAAUUUCAGGUGGUGGAAGGGCCUCCCAGGUUUAUCAAAGGUAUUUCUGACUGUUAUGCACCAAUAGGUACAGCAGCAUAUUUUCAGUGCUUAGUUCGUGGCUCUCCAAGACCCACGAUUUACUGGUACAAAGAUGGGAAAUUGGUCCAAGGAAGAAGGUUCAGUGUUGAGGAAAGUGGCACAGGGUUCCACAACCUGUUUAUAACAAGCUUAGUAAAGAGUGAUGAAGGAGAGUACAGGUGUGUAGCUACAAACAAAUCAGGAAUGGCUGAGACUUUUGCAGCACUCACCUUAACUUAAAAUGUAAUGUUUUAGUGCCUCAGUAAUUAUUAGAAUUGAUCUGAGUGCUUUCAUAUUUUCCAAAUUAUAUGGAUCUAAUAAACUUCCAAACAGGUCCACUAUAUUUGAAUUCAUUAUCUUGGAGACCGCUGGAGAAAUAAUCUCUGUGUAGAAAUCUCAUCUUUGUAACACAUGUAAAUAUUUUGUUAUCUGAACUGUGGAAUCAUCACUUGAGUCAAUCAUGCUGUGUAACAUCAAACACAAUUAAAUCUCUUCUUGGCUACCUAAUUAUUUGUACUUCUAUUUACCCUCAUGCCUCCUCCACAAAGUGUUUCAGUGGAAUGGACUCUCUUUUAGCAGAUAAACCAUAUAUGCAAAAGUACAAUGUAAAUGUGGAGACCAUAUCAGAUGACCACGCAGACAAAUUGGUAAGGGCAAAUCUCCUCUCUGCUCCCAUUCUAAGUUAUUUUUGGAAUUGUAACCCCUUUGCAUCCAAACCCAUGUUUAUUUACUUCGACUUAGAAUAGGCAAAACAAACAACAAAAACCAGCUUCUCCCAAUUGGCAACUAACUCUAUAAUCUGUUUGCCAUUUCAAUCUUAAUAUAUUAACUUCAUCUCUUUUAAAAAUAUUUUCAUUAUUAAUAUUCGUCUACAUAAGUGCUUUAAUUCUCACUGGCUUCAAGGGACCAAUUGUGCUCUUUGUGCACAGGAUUCACCUAGACAUUUGCAGAAUAAGCAGAUAAAGAUCUUUCCACUUUUGGAGAUACCUUAGUUUUCUCAAUUUUUGAGAUGACAUCAAGUGUAAAAUGCAGCAAUAAUUUAGUAUUGGCCUGGGGAAAAAAAGGGAAACUAUCACAUUGUGUUUACAUAUAGAUUUUUAAAUUGU